UGCAAACGCUUGUGACGCUUUUAAUGUAAUAAUCGUCAAAACUGCGGUGACUUGUCGACCGGUCUUAAGUGAAUUAUUUUUAAUUUAAAAACCUAUUUCGAUACAUACGUUACCGUUGAAUGAAUAUUGUACAUCGGUAUCCGUCGAAAUUGCUGCCGUGACAUAAAAUUGUUGAUGACUCUGUGUGUGUGUGUGUGUAAUAUUUCAAGAAAAAUAAAUCAUGGAUAACAAUAACGUGCGAAUAACAAUUAUCGAUGGCGCGUCGUUAAAAGUAAAUCAGUCCGUGCCCGACGAGGAUGAUAACCCGAGAGACACCGUAGAGCCGAAACAUAACAACGGUACAGAUCAUCAACUAUUAAAAAAACCUGUCGAACGUCAAAAUUAUUCAACCAUGUCUGAUGGUCACUCGUUGGACGAAAAUGGAAUUAUAUCAUUUCGUCGGACCGAGUGCGGUACCAAAGUGCGAACGGCGUGCAACAUCCUGACGAGUUCGAUUUGCAUAGUAAUCACUUGGGCGAUAAUGUACAUGAUCUUCGACCACAACAAGAUGGCCGGUUCGCAGCUGGCAUCGGUCGCGUUGCUCGUCACCAGUUCGUGGGUCGGCGGCAAGAUUGCCGAACAACUGUACAUGCCCUCCAUGAUGGGCAUGCUGAUGGCCGGCGUGCUGCUCAGCAACUUUGGUUACUACGACGUCAACAACAGCUUUCAGAUAUACAUAAUCAUACUGAGAGAAAUAGCCCUCACCGUACUGCUCGUAGCGUCCGGCCUGAGUCUCGACAGUGCCAUGUUGAGAAAACUCAGCUUGGUCGUCGUCCAACUGGCCAUAUUGCCGUGCAUCACCGAAACGCUAGCCGCCGCAGUCGUCACGCACUAUCUGAUCGGGUUGCCUUGGAUUUGGGGAAUUUUGCUCGGAUGCAUUUUGAGUCCGGUCAGCUCGGCGGUCAUCUUGCCGACGUUGUUGUCUUUAAAGCAAAAAGGUCUCGGCGAAGACAAGGGCAUUAUUACGCUUGUAAUGGCCGCGUGCAGUUUUGACGAUAUAUUCUGUAUUUCUGCCUUCGGCGUGUGCCUUAGUAUUAUAUUUUCUACAAGUAGUUGGGAAUUGAACGUAAUGCAAGGGCCGCUAGAAGUUCUCAUAGGUCUAUUUUGCGGCAUAAUUUGGGGUGUCGUCGUUGGAUUUAUACCGCACAAAUGUGAAGAAAACUUGAACGUUAAACGAGCCUAUAUCGCCGUAGGUGGAGGCAUAUUGCUCAUGUUUGGAUGUACGAUCAUCGGCUAUUCCGGCGCUGGUCCUUUGGCCGCGAUGACCGCUGCGUUUGUGGCAAACAUAUGCUGGAAAAACAACAAUUCCUAUAAUGAAAACGUGGAAAACAUUGUAAACAAGACGUGGGACAUGUUGGAGCCAAUAUUAUUCGCAUCCAUCGGGACGGAAAUCAAUUUAGCAAAUUUGAAAUCGUCGUUACUCAUAUCGGCAUCUAUUCUUCUUAUUAUUACGUCGCUUGUAAGAGUCCUUACUUGUUUCUUUGUGCUGAGAGAUACAAAUUUCAAUCUACGCGAGAAAUUCUUCGUGAACAUAGCGUGGUUGCCAAAAGCCACAGUACAAGCGGCAAUUGGACCGAUCGCAUUGGACAUGGCUCGUCGUAAUCACAACGUAGAUCAAGUGAACUACGCGUCCGACGUACUGGCAAUCAGCGUGUUGGCGAUAAUCAUAACGGCGCCGGUCGGGGCUAUUUCCAUGACUCUACUCGGCGACUACUUAUUACGGAAACAAUAUUGAUAAAGGAUAAAAAAAAAAUAUUUAUAUAUUUUAUGUGAUCCCAAUGUCCUGUUAUACAAUACUAGUCAAGUUUCCUAUGUUAUUUACUUGAAUAUACAUAACUGAAUUGUUGGUUU